CCGUUCUGGACUUAUGGAGGCAAGCAAGGAGUAUAUUGAAGCUGGGCAUCACCUUUUCAGUUCUGAAGAACAAGCUCCCAUAAUAGAAAAACUGGAAGCUGCAAUGACACUGAUAAACCGAACAAUUCCCCAGCUGUAUCGGGCAAUUCACCAAACCAUAGCCUGUAUUGCGUUUUAUAAGGCCGAAUACCCCGGUUUCGCUGGCGGCACCGUAAGCUCGGCUCUGGGAAUUAUAUGGCAGGAUCCACGCGCUUACCGAGAGCAUUCUGUACCGUAUUACGCAGAGGCAAUCGUGCACGAGUACCUUCACAUGUCCCUCUUCCUUGCCGACCUCGUGCAUGGUACAUAUAAGGACAGAAAACUGCUUGCCCAGACUAAAGUGUACUCACCAAUCCGUCGUAAGCUGAGAGAUUUCGACAAAACGUUUCACGCAUCAUACGUUUCCACGGGAGUUACAGUGUUUCACGCUAGGGGAGGUAACUGGGACAAGGCAAAGCAUUUAGCUGAAUCACUACGGACCUCAGUGGACGGUCUCGUUGAAAUCAACAACGCUGUUGGAGUGCUUAACGAGUCUGGAGAAGCCAUGCUGCGAGCUAUGGAUGAUUUCCUGUCCGUCAUUAGGCUCAAAGCUUAAACAGGAUUCAUACGCUAUCUUUUAUACAUCUUAUUAUUGAAAUGUAAUUAAGUAUGUUUCUUUCCUUUUGAGUAAGUGUUUUGUUACAGCAUAUUUUGUGUAUGGCCUUUUCACGUCAUUCUAGUAACACUAUAACAUAAAUUACAAGUACGAGCUUAUGGCGAGUUUUAUUCGAUGUUGUUUUUGUUAGUCUCUCGAUGUGUUCGUUUCAAAUUUGUAUUAGCUAGAAUUAUCGGUCACACAAUUGGAUGAAAAAUUUACUUAUAAAUAGAUAUACGCGUUUGCAAUUCGUUUUGAUAUUUUUCAAUUUACUGGCUUCUAUUUAAUACUGUUGUCUAAUGUUUA